AUGUCGCAGGCCACCAAGAGGAAGCACGUGGUGAAGGAGGUGCUGGGGGAGCAUAUGGUGCCCUCUGACCAGCAGCAGAUUGUGAGGGUACUCAGGACCCCAGGGAACAAUCUGCACGAAGUGGAGACCGCCCAGGGGCAGCGCUUCCUGGUAAGCAUGCCCUCCAAAUAUCGCAAGAACAUCUGGAUCAAGAGAGGGGACUUUCUCAUCGUGGACCCUAUUGAAGAGGGGGAAAAGGUGAAGGCCGAGAUCUCCUUCGUGCUCUGCAAGGACCACGUGCGCUCUCUGAAGAAGGAUGGGCUCUGGCCUGAGGCCUUUGAGGUGGCUGAGAAACACAACAACAGGAACAGACCAACUCAGCCAGAACUCCCAGCAGAGCCCCAGGCAUCGGGAGAGGAGUCCAGCUCGGAAGAUGACUCUGACCUCUUUGUUAACACCAAUCGCAGACAGUAUCACGAGAGCGAGGAGGAGAGCGAGGAGGAGGAGACAGCCUGA